CAAAUGGGUUCAUCCAGCACUAACGCCACUACUAACAUUUCUGUUACGCUUCCUUUGAAGGUCCUGGAUCUUUACAAGAGACAACACCUACUCGAAAUCAACCCGAACCGUUCAAUAGCCGACCUCAAGGCCGAAAUCACCCGAAUAACAGGAACAAGCCCUCAGAAAUACAUGCUUAAGUACAAAGAUAUGAUCGUGGACGAGACCAAGGAUACUGACAUGAUUGGCGAUAUUGGAGUCAGAGAGUUCGACCAGGUUAGCAUGGAGCCAAGAGAUAUCGCCCCCAUAACCCUCUCAGUCCGCGACUCAGGCGGAAUCCUCCUAAAAAUCCCUAUCAACCCCCUCACCACCGUAAAAUCCCUGACCCAAAGAAUUCUCCAACACAGCCAGAAAUCUUCAGAGAUCAGACUUACGUACAAAGGUAAGAUCCUGGCUGAACAGGAGCAGGUAUUGGAAGAAAUUGGGAUGAAGGAUGGAGACCUGCUUUGUGUGUUUAGUCAGGUACCACUGCCUUCCAAAAGAUAACUGAAAUUCUGUUACAGCUGUUCUAGUUAUUUUGGUGAGGGUUGAUAACUUCACCUAGUA